AUGGUGACAGUACCUCUUUUUCGCAGUCUCGUCAGUAGUUCAAAAGCUACCAAUGAAGAACCUAUCAAGUCCGAAAAUGAACAAAGACCCAAUACUGGCAUCUCUGACAAAGACGCAACUAUUCGCCUCGAGCCCGUCCCAUCCCGAAAUGGCCUUCUCAUCAAGAUAGAAACACCCAAGGAACCCUCCAUUAACAUCCCACAUGUCCCUUGCGACAUCGUUCUGGUCAUUGAUGUCUCUGGUAGUAUGGGUCAGCCAGCGCCCGUGCCAGGAGAAGAUCAAGAAAGUACUGGGUUGUCUGUUCUUGAUCUUACCAAGCAUGCUGCGCGCACCAUUAUCGAGACCAUGAAUGAGAAUGAUCGUCUUAGUAUUGUUACUUUUGCAUCAAAGGCCAAGGUUUUACAACCUCUUUUGCCUAUGAAUAAGGAUAACAAGGCUCGAGCGCUCAAAAAUGUUAAGAGCAUGGGGCCUCGGGAUGCUACUAAUCUUUGGCAGGGUAUGCUUGAGGCUGUUAAGCAAUUCAAGACUGAUGAAGCAUCUCACAAUGUUCCCGCUAUUAUGAUCCUCACAGAUGGUAUGCCCAACCACAUGAACCCAGCAGCAGGCUUCAUCCCCAAAAUUCGCAACAUGGGCCCCCUUCCAGCAUCAAUCCACACUUUCGGUUUCGGAUACAGUCUCCGAUCAGGCCUUCUCAAAUCCAUCGCCGAAAUUGGCGGCGGUAACUACGCCUUCAUCCCCGACGCAGGCAUGAUUGGAACAGUCUUUGUCCACGCCGUCGCAAAUCUCCAAAGCACGUUUGCGACACGCGCUGUCCUCAAACUAGCCUACUCCAAACCCUUGGAACUAGAAGAAACCACUGGCCCAUCUGCAGAACAGAAACCUGUCGAGUUUGCCGAUGAUGAGUCCGAGGACAGCGUUGCAGAGUUGACAUUGAACCUUGGAAAUCUGCAGUUCGGCCAGUCGCGCGACAUAUUUCUUCGCGUCAAUGGUGUCAAACAGCUCGAGGUUCUAAGUCAACAGGAUCCCACUCGCUCUGUUGUGGAAGCUUACUUGACAUAUGUUAAACCGGGCAACUGUCUCAAGAGUCGCAAGGUCCUUGAGGCAAUCAUGUCAAAGGAUGCGGAUUUUAUUCCCAUGGCUACUGCGCAGCGCAGUGUCUUGGAGUACAGCGACGUCCCCUCUUCAGAAGUCGCAUAUCAUGAAUCCAGAUCAAUGAUCUGCGACUUUAUCUCAAACAUGUUUCCCAUCUUCUACCUUAAUGAUGAACGUUCACCCACAGAAGAAUUGUAUAACAGGCUCGAUGAACUCAAGACUUUGAUCGAGAACCUCCCUGCAAAAGACUUCGACGACGACAAGAACAAGUCUCUCAUGCAGGACAUCUCAAUGGAAGAACCCAAAGGGCAAGUCUACAUGGCCAUCGAAAACAAAGACUACUUCUAUAGAUGGGGAUGUCACUUCCUCCCCUCUUUACUCAACGCGCACACCCGCCAAGUCUGCAACUCGUUCAAAGAUCCCGGCCCUCUUCAGUACAGUACAGAAAGCCCCCUGUUUAUUUCCUGCCGCGACUCUUUGGAUCAAAUCUUUGAUACACUACCUCCGCCUAAACCUUCAUUGGUCCGACGAUUAAAUGGCGCAAUCUUUCCUACUAGCAGCGUCCCUGUGAGUAUGAGCAUGUACCGUAACAGCUCAGGCGUCUGUUUCGCAGCAUCCACAGAAGUGAGCCUCGCAUCCGGUCGCAUCGUUCAGAUGCGCAAACUUCGUCGGGGAAUGAAGGUGCGCACACCUCGUGGUUCACGUCGCGUGGCUAUGGUCCUCAAAACACCUGUCGAACAAGAAGUUCUCUGCCGCGUGGGUGAAGUCCUCGUGACACCAUGGCAUCCUAUUUCUUCAGACAGCAAGCGCUGGGAUUUCCCAGCUAAUGACGCUACUGCCGUUGUCAUGUACACUGGAUGUAUUUACUCUAUCCUUUUAGAACGCGAUGCGAGUGUUGCUGCGCAUGCUAUUCGUGUUGGAGAUAUGUGGGGUGUUACUCUUGGUCAUGGAUUGACUUGUGGGAAUGAUGUACGUGCGCAUGAGUUCUUUGGAGAUUAUAAUGUUGUUGGGAAAAGUCUUUUGGGUCUUGAGAGAAGGGGUAAUGGGGUUGUGGUUGGGAAUGGUGUUGAGAGGGAUGAGAGUGGGUUGGUCAUGAGGUUUCGCCAACCACGUAAGUGA